ACGGAGCGGGACCCGGGGGCACGGAGAGAUCCCACGGAGCGGGGCACGGAGAGAUCCCACGGAGCGGGACCCGGGGGCACGGAAAGAUCCCACGGAGCGGGACCCGGGGGCACGGAGAGAUCCCACGGAGCGGGACCCGGGGGCACGGAGAGAUCCCACGGAGCGGGGCACGGAGAGAUCCCACGGAGCGGGGCACGGAGAGAUCCCACGGAGCGGGACCCGGGGGCACGGAGAGAUCCCACGGAGCGGGGCACGGAGAGAUCCCACGGAGCGGGGCACGGAGAGAUCCCACGGAGCGGGACCCGGGGGCACGGAGAGAUCCCACGGAGCGGGACCCGGGGGCACGGAGAGAUCCCACGGAGCGGGGCACGGAGAGAUCCCACAGAGCGGGACCCGGGGGCACGGAGAGAUCCCACGGAGAGGGACCCGGGGCACGGAGCGAUCCCAAGGUGAGAUCCGAGGGAUCCCAGAGCGGGAGAUCUCGGGAGGGGAGCCGGGACCCGGAGCGGGGAGACACCGGUAUCCAGGGCUGCCAGAGAGGAGAGACCGAGGACAAGGACCGAGAGCCCCGGCCCAGGGCAACGGGGCUGGAGGAGACUGUGUCCACUCUGGUGGUCGGUCCCUUGGACAUGAGGUGCAAGCAGCUCGCCCAUCACCUGGCCUGCCCCAGCAGCCAAAGGGUCGGCGGUCUCCCGGAUGGGAGCGAUAACUUGGAGGCAGGGUGCCGGAAGGAUGUGACCCCCCAGCGGCGUUCCCCCUGCCUGCCGUGCGGCUGUGGGACCCACUCUCCGGCACGCCGGGAGUCGCUGAGCUGCUCCGACGACCCUCCUGGUCUCGAGCAUUCCCCGUCCAGGGACAGCGGGUACUCGUCCCUGCUGAACAUCUCCUCCCCGGCUGCUGGGCAGGAGGGGAGCCUGGAGCCCGAGGGCGAUGGCGAAGCUGGGGUCUCACCGGCUGGAGCGGGGGGACGCUGGGACCGGAGAUUGGGAACCGAGGAGGAGGAGGGGGCGUCUCCGCUGGUUCCGUGCCGGAGCAAUGCUCCGGAGUCCAACGGGAAGCCGGUGAGCCCAGCUCCCGGCAGCCAGAGACCUUGCAAUUGGCACCUCCUGCCUGCCCUGCAGGUGGGGAUGGCGGCGUGCCUGAGCGUGGGACGGGCCAAGGGGCUUCACCCAGCCCACCACUCCCCCCUCAAGCCGGCACUGCAGGGCCUGGCCUUCUCCAUUGACUGCCUCAUCGGCCGGAAGAUGGGCUUGGAGCACGUGGAUAUCUGGAAGGAGCUGUCGGAGAGGGGCUUCCCCUGCAUCCUGAGGAGGAUCCUGCGGUAUCUGUCUGCCGCUGACCUGCUGUGCUGUGUCAAGGUGAGCAAGAUAUGGAAGAAGAUCAUCUGCAAUGACAAAAGGGCACACCAGGCCUUGAAGAAGGCUACUCGUUUACAAAGGGCGGACGCUGCCAAGCGGGAGAACGUGGUGUCACGCGGCACCCUCACAUCCAUCCAGCGCCAGUGUCCGGAAUUUGCACAGACGGACUUCUCCAAGUUCCGGCCCGCUUCUCAGCCCAAGCCUGGAAGUGAUUCCCAGAAAAGCAUCCGGCAUCAGCAGGUGGUGAAGACACUGAGGCAGGACGAGCUGCUGAAGAGAUGCCCGCUGUGCGGGUCUCCUGCCAAGUUCCGGCACUGCGAGGAGCGGGCAGUGUGCACCAGCGAAAGCUGUGCCUACGACUACUGCUCCCUGUGCUUGAGUUCCUACCAUGGGUCCAAGGCCUGCGCCCGCCAUCGUUUCCACAGCAGCUCCAAGACGCAGCCGCGUGUCGGAAGCAAAAGGAGCAAGCAGAACUUGCAGAGACUCUGACCCCAGCCGUGUGUGUGUGUGUGUAUGUGUGUGUGUGUGUGAGACAUGGUAGUGUGUGGGUGACACAGCUGAGUAUGUAUGCAUCUAAAUACAAUAACUGGAAUAUAAAUAUUUAUCUUUGUUUAGCAAAAGCAGGAAGGGCAUUGCAAAAAAAAAAGUUUUAAGGAGUUUUAUGGAAACUGUGAAGUUUUAAAUUCCAUGCACAAAACACUUAAACAUUAAUAUAUGAAAUACCAAAGGGGUUUAAGUGCAGAAUGGGAUGGUUUCGGACAUUCUUGUGUCCAGAGUAGAAGCCACAAUGUAGUUUACUGUUGAGUUAUGGUGUGUGUAUUUAUAUUAAUUAGCUUUUGUUCAUUUUCCGCAGAAUCAGAAUAUAUAUAAAAUUAGUGUCCUUUUAUUGUCUUUUAAGUGUCUUUUCUGUAAAUUAUUUCCUUCAGUCUUGCUG